AUGUCUACUACGUACACAUCCAAACGACCGCUCUCGCCAUCUCCCAGCUCACCCCCAGCCAAGCGCCGAGCACACUCGCCCGAAGAAGGCGAAGUAGAGUCGACGUCUCCUCCCCGCCGACAAGUGGACUCGUACCGACCCCGAUACUCGCGGUCGCCGUCUCGGUCGCCUGUUACACGAAGACACCGGCUACCGCCCCGACCCUCAUCACCUCCUCCGAGAGAAUGGGAUAGGCGACAUGCGCAUGGAAGGAUACCAGGUCGGACACGUAAUCCGUAUGUUGAACAAGAAACGUUGAGACCGCUCGACACACCUGGAGCACCGAUUGCGGAGGAGCGAGUCGGGAUUGAGCAGCUGGGCGAAAAGGAAGAGGGCGAGGAAGAGGAUAGGAGGAGGAGACCGGCUAUUGACCCAAAGCUGAAUCUGGCGGUGGAAGAUACGAUUGCGCGAAUCGAGCGAGAGGCAAAUGAAGCGGAAGCAAAGCUGAAGGAGAGGCCAAAGGUACUGCGGCUGAGUCCUGACCAAGAGAUGCAAGCGUAUGGCCGCAAGUUUGUCGGAACAUCUCAGCUGCGUGAUUAUGCGAUCCUAGAAAAGCUUGGAGAGGGCACAUUCGGCGAAGUGCACAAGGCAACGCACACGGUCACCCGGAAAGUGGUGGCUUUGAAACGAAUACUCAUGCACAACGAAAAGGAGGGGUUGCCGGUGACCGCUCUACGGGAGAUCAAGAUACUGAAGAUGCUCAGUCAUCCGAGUGUGGUUCCGUUAAGCGACAUGGUCGUUGAAGCUUCUACGCGAGACAAAAAGGGGUCGAUCUAUAUGGUGUUCCCGUACAUGGACCACGACCUUGCUGGGCUGCUGGAAAACCCGAGCGUGAAGUUCUCACCGAGUCAGAUCAAACUGUACAUGAGGCAGCUGUUGGAAGGGACAGACUACUUGCAUCGGGUGCGUAUAGUCGUGUUGCCGGAGAUCGUUAUGUUUACGUCUGCGACUCCAUCCUCGCCGCUCCACAAUUUGCGCCUGACCCAUGCUUCGAUCGUUCCUUUUGGACUCAAUAACAUCCUCCACCGCGACCUGAAAGCGGCCAACCUGCUAAUAAAUAACCAAGGAUCGCUGCAAAUUGCCGACUUUGGUCUUGCGCGCCCGUUUAGUCGAUCUAAUCCUGGCUGGGAUCCACGGUCAACAUCCGAGUUUCCGUGGGACACUUCUAAAGGCGCAGCGCCCGAUGGGUCAAAAGGCCCCUCACCCUGGGACGGAUCCAAAGGGGGCCCUGAACGCGGCGGCGGAGGAGCAAAGUACACCAACUGCGUGGUGACACGAUGGUACCGCCCGCCCGAACUGCUGAUGGGCGAAGCGCGCUACGGAUGUGCGAUCGAUAUGUGGGGAGUGGGAUGCAUCAUGGGGGAAAUGUGGACGCGACGUCCGAUCCUGUGUGGUUCAUCGGAUUCGGACCAACUAGACAAGAUUUGGGACUUGUGCGGCACGCCAGACGAUGCGAGUUGGCCAGGGUGGAGAGAUCUACCUUCUGUGCCGAUGAUUGAACGCAAGUUACCCAACAAGAUCAAGACGUUUUUUAGAGAAGGGACGAGCAUGGAUGAAUUUGGGGUGGACCUUAUCGAGAAGUUGUUGGUGCUUAACCCGGCCAAGCGCUUGACUGCGUUCGAGGCAUUAGAUCACGAUUGGUUUUGGAAUGAACCGCUGUGUUGUGAUCCUGCGAGUUUACCAAAAUAUGUAUCGUCACACGAGUAUGAUAAACGAAAACACAAGGUCGAGGGACUUGGUGCGCCGUACGGUCCUCCAAACGGGUUUGGCCCAGGACCCAAUGGGUUUGUACCUGGCCCUGGUGGUCCUCCUGGUCCCAACGGGUUUGGCGCUGGGGGUCCAAAUGGAUUCGGCCCUGGUGGUCCCAACGGUUUCGGUCCCGGCGGUCCCCCCAACGGGUUUGGCCCUGGUGGCCCUCCCGGACCUGGAUUUGGACCAGGAGGACCAGGCUUCGGACCUCCUGGGCGACAAUGGGGUGGUGGAGGUGGUGGUGGAGGAUGGGAUCGAGGAGGACGAGGUGGGGGGAGAGGAGGAAGGGGGCGAGGCGGGAGAGGGCGAGGUGGUCAUGGUGGACAUGGGGGGUUCGACCGCCCACCUGGAGGACAUGGAGGACAACCAGGACAUGGUGGACCACUGGGACAUGGAAGCCAUGGAGGCCACGCAGGAGGCCCAGGAUAUGAUCGACCCCCGCAAGCGCAACAUCUUCCGCCCGACUUGAACGGACCGAGCAACUUUUCGGGAUAUUCUCGAGAUUUAGCACCAGGCGGGGGACUUCCACCUCCUCUGGGCACACAUAGUCGGGAACAUCGCCAGAUGAGAGAGCGGAAUAUGAACAUGCGAAAUAAUCCGGGCAGGGGAGGUGGGGGCGGGGGUACGGGUGGCAAGGCCCCUGGUGGUGCCGGAGGCACGGGCGGAGGGGACGGCGAAUUUUUGCCCUAUGGUUAA